AUGUAUUGUAAUGUAAUAUGUAGAUAUAGUAGCCUAGGCGACGAGGAAGCAUUAUCUGUGUACUGAAAAAAAACAGCUUGUUUUAUACACUACAAUGAAAUAUUUCCGUUUUGCCCGAUUGCCAUAAGUCAGUGAAUGCGGUUCAAGGAAGAGCGGAAAGGUUGGAUGUGAUUUGCCGGAGUCUCGCGCAGACAACCCUGCAGUUAGCGGUGCACUGAACAUUUCACAGCCCUCCUAUGAUUAAUCGAAAGCGCGUAUUUGCAUGUGAACAUUAUUCAUUGUAUUGUCGGGGCAUGCUGAGAUUGUUUUGAUCGGAUGGAGCUGCUGGUGGUGCUGGGCUGCUGAUGCGGCCUGAGCGGAUACGUUGCUGCGAUGGCGAUGGGUAAAUGGCUGCUGUACGCCGGUCUCGCGCUUUCUCUGCUCGCUUUGUGCUUCCUCACGGUUGCCAUAUCCUCCGAUCACUGGUACGAAACGGACGCCAGGAGGUACAAAGAGCGCUGUCGGGUUUUAUCACGCCGUCGCACAGACCCGGGCUUCAUCUACAUCCCGAGCCACAGCCUCCCGCUGCGCGAGCCGCGGCCACUGAUGCCGCGCGAGCGGAGGGAACUGUUCGGCGCGAGCGCGGCAGACGAGUGCAAGCGCCGCUACAACUCCACCACCGUGGGGCUGUGGAGCAAAUGCUACCGACUCGGCUUCGACCGGAACAUCGAGGAGCUCAUUAAGAAAGGGACUAUUGAGAGGUGCUCCUACAUCAAGUACUACUACACUUCGUCGUCUCUGGUACAAAAGGAUAUCACCAAGACCAUUCAGCAGGACGACUGGCAUGCCUUGCACUUGCGCCGGAUGACAGCGGCCUUCAUGGGCAUGGCUCUGUCCAUCAUCCUGUUUGGCUGGACGAUAGGACUGCUGGGCUGCUGUUGGGAUCAGGGCCUCAUGCACUACGUGGCUGGCCUGCUUUUCCUCAUGGGAGGUACGUUUUGCAUCAUCGCCCUGUGUACUUGUGUGGCUGGCAUUAAUUUCGAACUUUCCCGCUACCCAAGCUACAUGUUCAGCCUCCCCGAUGACAUAAGCCAUGGUUACGGCUGGUCGAUGUUCAGCGCCUGGUGUGGUUUGGGUCUCACACUUAUUGCUGGUUUCUUCUGCACUCUGGCACCUUCCAUUCAACCUCCUCCACCACCUAGCCGUACUCCCUACCACAAAUCCCGCAUGGAGAACGGCACGGUGUGCUAAACUACUAUGGAAAGAGCAGGAGAUGCGAAAGAAUACAUGCCUUAACUAUAAGUGACAUUCUGAACUUUUUAAAGGGAGUGAACACUCCGCAUGUAAGAGUGGACAGUCUGCGUGUGGACCUCCUGCUGCAAAAGCGGUUGUACAGACGUAUAAAAGCACUCGUGUUGACGUGAUCAGAAUAUCCUCGAUGGAGUUCUUGUUCUGUUUCAGUGUGCAUUUUCUUGAUUUGACAGGAGACUAACAUUUCACAAGACACGUACAUCAAAGUUAAAUAUUUGAACAUGUGUAUAUAUAUCCGAUGAAAAUAAUGUCACUAACAUUACAUGCUGUUGUGAUGUGCCUAUUAGAUAAUAAAAACUAUUAUUUUAAAGCGGUGUACAUCAUUUCUUUACUUUAUGAUGACUACAGAAAUAAAAGGGGGAAAAAACAUUAAAACAGAGGCACUGAGUAUUCAAUUUUAUUUAGGAUUUUGUUGCUCCAGAUCUGCAGAAAAGUCAAUUCUUUAAUUUUUAGCUCUUCACUUUGUAUUAAAUGUUAUCUCAGCAGCAUGUUUAAAAACCAAGAGGUUGUACUAUAUUGAAUUUUUCCUGAAAGAAUGAAGGAGUGUGCCUGUUAAAUACUUUUUUAGUACGGGCGACACUGUAAUGACAAAAUAAAAAGAGAGAGAGAAAUGAUUAGGAGGGCCUGAAUUGGCCAAGAGGUGUUACUAAAACAUCAGUCAUUACUAGAGCUCACAUUAUCAGUAUUUUACCUGCCAUUUUUCCCCACUUAGCUUCGUCACAACUAUGUAUUUCAGAUAGUUAUGUUUAGCAACUGUGCACUGCAGUCUUAAUGCUUCUCACUAGGAGUGGAGUGAUGAAGUGCCACAUGGUGGCAUCUUGCACCCACUGAAGGUCAUGUGGUAGUGAGAUAGACCCCAAACCCCCAGCCAUCAGCAGGGUAGCGCUCCAUCCUCUGAUACAGAGGUACAGCAGUGACUCCCCGCAUGCUGUCUGGGGGGCAUCAGGGGUCUCUAGCGAUGCUUUGUGGCAUCAUGUGUGCAUUUACAUUUACACCAUGCUUACAUAAGAGUGCCAGGCUCCGUUUUCAUAACCUCCUAUUUCUGCGAGUACGACUGUCCAAACCUGAUUGACAAGUAUUCCAUCUGAAAUAACUGUCCAAAUGACCUCAGUGAUAAAAUAGUCAUUAAGAUCCCUGUCAAUAAGUAACACAUUCACAGUAUUAGAUCAAAAUUGGAGCCUAGAAUGGACGAGUACUGUAUGAGUUUUUAACCAUUAUUAAUAGUGUGCGCAUCAAAUGUUUCUCAAACCCUCCUUGAUUGAUUACAUAUGAAUGAUGGCCUACCCCCCACACCAAACCAUUUGUUAAUGUGUGCCUCAAAAUACAGGCGUGAGGAGGGGGAUAAUGAAGAGGGACAGAGAGUCAGACAAAUAAGAGCUUAUGUUAUUAAUGAUCAGGAUAUUCGGUGUCAUUACAGUUAAGUUUAACAGGGAUGGAGAAAGGGAUGAGGAUCUGUCCCUAGUGGCGCUCCAUGGCGGCGCUCUGUAGGAGGUCUGUUGUUGUCUGCGCUGGAGGUCUGAAGGGUGUCUGGAAGCCUGGGGGAGGAGAGUGGAAGUGG